AUGAGCUACUACGGCAGUUACUAUGGAGGCCUGGGCUAUGGCUACCGAGGUUUUGGGAACCUAGGUUAUGGCUAUGGCUGUGGAUGUGGCUUUGGAGGCUAUGGAUAUGGCUCUGGUUAUGGAGGCUACGGUUAUGGCUACCGCCGCCCACUUUACUAUGGAGGAUUUGGAUUCUCCCGCUUCUACUGA